AUGGCUGUUGUGGCCGCUAUGGUGGUGACGAGCGUGGCUGGUGAGGGCGGCAAGACGUGGUACUCGGUGGUGCAGACGCGGACGGACGGCUUUGCGGUGGAGAGCGGCAAGGCGGCGGAUGCGGUGGCGGUCGGCUACCUCCUUCCUUACCUCAACUCGACGGGCUGGGACCAGCUGGAGAUUGUGACGACCAAGGGAUACCCGGAUGAUGUCCAGAUGUAUGCUGCCGGUCUUCUCGAGGCCUACCUCUCGCACGAGUCUAUGUACUACUCGUUCCGCAACCAGUAUGGCGAUGGCCUCUCCAGCAAGGUCAACGCUUUCCUCGAGGCCAAUCUGGAGGCUACUCUUGAGCUUGCGGGGCAGAACGCCAACAGCUCGGUGUGGUGGAACCACGUGCAUCUUGUUCUCCGCCAGUUUAUGGGCCUCUACGAAGGCUACCAGCACUUUGCCCCGGAGGCCCAUCAGCUCGGCCUGCUCGAGGUGUGGGCGCUCUCCGCCAACGGCGACAUCGAGACCAUCCAGUCGGUGGUGGGCGAGGAGAAGCUCGACUUUGGCAACCACUGCUCGGCCCUGAUCAAGGUCAUGCCGGACAACGCCGAGCUGUUUAUGGGUCACACCACGUGGUCGACCUUCAACUCGAUGCUCCGCUCGUACAAGUCGUACUCGUUCCCGCUUGCUGCCGCCUCGACCGCCGCCGUCCGUGUCUCGUUCUCGUCCUACCCGGGCGCGCUCAACUCGAUCGACGACAUCUACUUUAUGUCGUCGCGGCUGGCCACGACCGAGACCACCAACGGCAACCUCAAUGCCGAGCUGUGGAAGUACAUCACGCCUACCAAGGGCGUGCUCUCGUGGAUCCGCACCAUCGUCGCCAACCGCAUGGCCUCUUCGGGCCCCGAGUGGGUCAAGGCCUUUACCACCCACACCUCGUCGACGUACCUCAACCAGUGGCUCGUCGUCGACUACAACCUGUUCACUCCGGGCCAGCCGCUCAAGCCGAACACGCUGUGGAUGGCCGAAGAGAACCCAAAGGCGUUCUUUACUCGCGACCUGACCCCGGUCCUCGCUGCUGGCACGUACUGGCCCUCGUACAACGUGCCAGCCAACUCGGUCAACUACGUCGAGUCGGGCUUCCCGGCUGCCGUCGCCGAGUGGGGUCCGUACCUGUUCUCGCGCAACAACGCGUCGCGCGCCCACAUCUUUGCUCGCAACGAGUCGCGUAUCGCCACGCUUGACGACUUUGGUGCCCUCCUUCGCUACAACGACUGGAAGAAUGACCCGGCGUCGAUCGGCCCCGACGGCGUGCCCAACGCCGGCCUCUCCAUCUCGUCGCGCUUCGACCUCGUCACCCGCCCGUACCCGCACAACAAGUGGCUGAUCCACAACGCCUUUGGCGGCAUCGACUCGAAGAUGACCUCGUACCAGCUGAUGAAGGACGGCUCGGCCGUCGGCUACGCCCAGUCGGGGCCGACCCACGACCAGCAGCCGCCCUUCACCUGGGCUGACUGGCCGUCGGUUGCCCACACCGGCAUGCCCGAGGUCUUUGACUUUGACUGGAUCAAGAUGGACUUUUACUCAUCGUGA